GUCUAUUACAUUUAAAGAACACAUUGACUUUGGAAAAAGGCUGCCACACUAGUUUGACAGAGCCCUACUUUUAUGAGGCAGCCUACCUGGAUGUUAGAGAGUCCCCAAUCCCUGUUAAUGAGAAGGGGGAGGGCAUUGUUGCUAAAGAAGUGCCUGUGGAGGCUGGCAGUAAGAAUGAAGAAGGUAAAGAUGCUGCUUCCAACAGUAACCUUUCUCUGGCUGGGAGUGUGGGUUGUGUUUCAGAUGGGAAAGUUUCUGAUAAGGGACCUGCCCAGUCUAAGAUGUGGGAGUGCUCAAAGCAGUGCAAACCACUAAGUGAAUUUGAGGUCAAUGCCAUUGUUUGUUUUAGGACAGCUUUUGAGCAGCCUGUUGAGAAAGUGAGGCAGGCCCUGGCUGAAUGUGAUAUGGGUUGCCCCUAUAGUCACUACACCAAAUUAGUGGGUAUGACAUUUAUUGUACUGAUGAGAUUGACGAAACAGCAGGCAAUAGGAAGAUGACCAAGAAGAUCAUUGAGCAUUUGGAUAAACUGAACGCUGACUGCAACAUGACAGCUGGGUUGGAAGCCAAACUGUCUCUUGCAGUUGGUGCACGAGUCAUGCUACGUCGCAACAUUGACACCAAGGCUGGGCUGGUCAAUGGUGCUAUUGGUACAGUGCUGUCAAUAGCAGCCCAGCAUGUGACAGUGCAGUUUGAUAAUGUACCUGCUCCAUGUAAGAUUGAUAAGGUCAGAAGCAGGUUCAUGGUGAUGAAGAAUUUCUAUGUGUAUCGUAGACAAUUCCCUCUCAUUUUAGCCUAUGCAAUUACCAUCCACAAGUGUCAGGGUCUGUCAUUAGACUGUGCCAUAGUAGACCUGUCUGAGGAGGUAUUCAGUGAUGGAAUGGCAUAUGUGGCUCUAUCCAGGGUUAGGUCACUAGAUGGUCUGUUCCUAACAGCCUUUGAUCCCCAGUCCAUCAGUGUUAGUGUGAGUUCCCUGGGGGAAGUAAACCGCCUCAGAAAAACCCAUAGACCUGAUCUUCCUCUGUAUGAUAUACCACACAUCUCUAAAAGAAAGAGGAAGCUCACUGGUGUAGACAAAACUGUUUCCCCAAGUGUAAAAAAGGUCAAGGUGAAUCCCUCAUCUGCAAGGGAUAAUGAGGACUGUGUUAUUACAGGUACAGAAACACCUGCUGCUAGUCCUUUCAAUUUCCACUCUGUAGAUGUACAGUGGCAGCAAAGUGCAUGCCAAGAGCUGGGCCUCCAAUAUUGUACACAAACACCAGUAAGACCAGGAGGACCCGCUGUCCCCCUCACACGUCCAGACAUGCGUAGUGUGAGACGCGUACAGGGAGAUGGUAACUGCCUCUUUCGAGCAUUUUCUUACAUUCUGACAGGGUCUGCAGAUCAGCAUAUUGGUGUACGACAUGCUAUCAUUGACCACAUGACAAAUAAUGCCCAAUAUUUCCUAGGCCACCAUCUCGUAGGCUAUGACAGUAUUCAAAGUUAUAUAGCUUCCACAGGUAUGGACCAAGAUGGCACCUGGGGAACUGACAUUGAGAUGCUGUCUUUGGCACACCUGCUCCAGACCCCUGUCUUCUCAUACAGCCAGCAGCAUGGGCAGUGGCAGCGGUACUCUCCUCAUGAUGUCGACAGACAACUGAUGGAUGACAUUCACCAGAGGUCUAUGUAUCUAUUGCACACAGGAAACCACUUUAAUGUUGUUGGUUCUAUAAGGAAGAGUUAAAGAAGCCACAUGUGCUCAUAUAGACUAUACAUGGGCUCUCUGAGCAUGUUGGGGAAGGAGAGGGUGGGUCCCUGCAAUUUAUUGAGGUGGCUUCCCCAUUUCAUGUUCUAACCACCCUCCUAAAGUCUCAGACUUCAUGGAGCUGACUGGUUUCAAGUGUAGGGAAACUGCACUGUCUUUACCACAAAGUUUUAGGGGACUGUAACUGCAUCACAAAGUUGGGGUAGCACACUGUUAGAGGUGAAUGUCUGUACACUGACAAUUGUGUUGUAUGCCAACAGUAGUGAGUAAUCCCUCAGGAGACUGGUCUUAGCUCUGACAGAAUAUUAUCCUCCUCCCUUGAGGAGUGCACUCUACAGUCAGUAGCUAUGCCUGUCGGGGUACUACUACAUUGAAGCUACACACUACUCACCUAAACAUCAGUGCACAUAACUAUUGUAUGCAGUAUAUCAGCACCCUUCCUACAUGCACCUUCACAUAGUAUUCUGAACAAGGUGGUUACUAUUUAUAGGCUCCUCUUUUCUUACAACUACAUAUAUAUUAUCUGGUUUUCCCCUGGGAAGCUUUCUACCUCUGCAGGUCUUUAAAGGCUGUGAUCUUCUGUCUAAGGGGCACUGGGGUCUCAACCAUAGCUGACCUGUCAGAGGAAGGUACUCAGCUUAUCAGGGGCCUUAGCAGGUGGGGCUCUGAAGUGUUUUCCCCAGCCCUUAUCACCAUGCUGACUUUACACACCCUGUGCCCUUAUCACCACUGCUGACAUAGCUAUUGUAAAACCCUAUCCUAGCCUUCUAUACUAUAAUUUGGGUUGCAUUCCUCACUCUUUUAUUGGUGCAUACCAUCUUUAUGUUCUAAGGUGCUGUGCACUUGUCAGACCUGGACCCUACAAACUUCUACUACACAUCCACUACGCUCUUUGGCCUCCACCUUUGACUUCAGCUGGGUAGACCUCUUCAAAAGAGUGAACUCCUUGCACAACAAAUCACA